AUGUCUUCCUCUUCCUCUUCUCUCACGCAGGUCCAUGACCCUCUGAGGACGCCUUCGUCCAAGGCAACGGUGACGACGACGAAUGCGGCGCGCCUCCUCAAACCGACCACACUCCCGAUCCCCGUGCUGCCAUCAUCGACGCUGGCGAAACGAUGUGGCGUCGCGCACACGCUCGUCGUGCCGGCGUACUACUACGUCCGCGCGUCUGCGUUCGUGGCGGACCCUCUCCCGACCAUGAUCACGGACUUGGUGGUCGUCGGACUUGCGCAGGCCGUGUAUUGCGCCGUGUGUUUGCCCGGUGCAGGAUCGUGGGUCAGUGGCACGCUGGAUGGGAAGAUAAUAGAGGGAACUGCAGCUUCUGGAGCUGCUGCAACAAGCACGACAGCGAGGACAUCAAAGGGUUCCUCCUCUUCGGCGCCGGGAGGGAGCAUGAGGAGGAAAGGUGGUCACGGUGGUAAGAGCACGAGUAAGUCGAGCAGUGCAUUUGGAGGAGAUGGUGGUGGUGCAAAUGGAAAUCUGGCGUCGAGAAUCAUGUCAGCUCUAUUGUCCAUGAUAUUAACGCUCACACUCCCCCCUCUCCCUCUGACGGUCAUGGCCCUCGUCCUCGGCGCACCUCUGUACCCGAUAUCUCUCCUCCCGCAUACUGCCGUCCUUGCUCUACACGUGUCGGUUCUCGGGUUCCUACCCAUCUUCUACACGCACGGCGUCUCGAGUACUGCGUGGCGCGAAGUUGCGGCAGCUUGGCUACCUUUUGACGAGGCCGGAGUCUGGGCGGGGACGGUGGGUGCCCUGGUCGGUGGAUGGGUCGGUGCCGUGCCGAUGGCCUUGGACUGGGAUCGGGAAUGGCAGAAAUGGCCGUGUACCGUACUCUGGGGGGCCGUGUUGGGAUGGGUAGUUGGACGGGUUCUGACGAGCAUACUCGGGCUCGGCGUAGGCAAGAGGAUAAAUUUGAGUGAGCAUGAAGAAGAGGUGGAUGGUCUGGUGGUGGCAGUGGCUGAUGGGAGGAAGAGCGAUUGA